AUGAAAGCUGUUGGAAUGACAUCCCAGUUAGUGGAAAUAGAACCAGGAACUACAAUGCACUUUUGGGAUCCAACUGAAUCCAUUCAUCCAAACAACAAAUUAUCAAAUAAACCUCCAGUUUUAUUUGUUCAUGGAUUUGUUGCCACUGGAAUUAUGACAUGGCUUUUUCAAAUACUCUCCUUAAGUUCAGAUUUCGCUGUCUACGUCCCUGAUUUACUUUUCUUUGGAGAUUCCGUCACUACUGUUCCUGAACGAUCAACAAGUAUUCAGGUGGAAUGUUUAGCAAAGGGAAUGAUGAAGUUGGGUGUGGAAAAGUUUUAUGUUGUUGGGCUAAGUUAUAGAGGGAUGGUUGGGUUCAAGUUGGCUCAAAUGUAUCCUCACAUGGUUGAAUAA